CAACCACACCGAGCCAACACCACGUCCAGCACCCUGCAAACAUGAGUGUGUUUCCGAGCGAGAUGGUGCGCGUGGUGGCGGAGGCCGGUCGCUUUCCUACCAUCACUGACGACGUGUGCCGGGUGCUCGCUGCAGACCUGGAGUAUCGCAUUCGCGAAAUCGCACAGGAUGCUGCCAAGUUUACUCGGCAUGGGCGGCGACGCAGAAUGACGACAGACGACAUCAACGCUGCCAUGCGUGUGCGAAACAUGGAGCCUGUGUAUGGCUAUCCCUCUGGAAGCCAUACUGGCACUGUGGAGAGCUUGUUCAAGCGUGCCAAGGAAAGCGACGUCUUCUACAUUCCAGACACCGUCAAGCGCGUGCACGAGAUUAUCGGUGCUCCACUGCCAUCGAUGCCGGCAGAGAUGACGUUCACCAGCCACUGGCUCGCCAUCGAAGGGGAACAACCCACCAUCCCACAAAACCCGCCAGUUCACACGACCCACACAGCGGAACCAGAAGAGGGGCAAGAGCCCGCAGCCAAGGCGCCCAAGCUGAAGGAAGGCAAGCCGCGGGAAGAAGUGGAGAUCAAGCAGCUGGAGAAGCACACGCUCAGUCGCGAGCAGCAACUGCUCUUCAACUACAUCAUCAAGGACCUCCUUGGUGCGGACAAAACGGCGAAGCAAGCAGCACUGAAGACACUGUCUACAGACCACGGCCUUCACCAACUCGUCCCUUUCUUCAUGGAGUUCAUUCGAUCACAGACGACUGAGCACGCCUCCGACCCCAACGCCAUCGCGAGUGUUGUCGGCAUGGUUGAUGCACUGGUGCAGAACAACAACGUCUACCUCGAGCCCUAUCUGCACCACGUCAUCCCCGUCGUUGCGACGUGUGCUGUCUCGAAGAAGCUUGCCAGCUAUGCCCCGGACCACCUCGCCCUUCGCGUCCGCGCAGCGCAGGUCGCCGUCAGCAUCUGCGUCAAGUACGGCACCAAGUACCACGACCUCCAGCCGCGCAUAUUGAAGGUGUUCCAGGAUGUGCUGAAGCGGCGGCGCUCGCUGCUGUCGUACUACGGUGCCAUCAAGGGCCUGGCUGCGUUUGGACCGCGUGUUGUUGAUCUGUAUCUCGUUGACGCUGCACCAGAGGCGAUGCGGCUCAUCUCCCUGCGCCGGCGCGACGCCACAGAGUUCAGCAUCGUCAUUGCCGCCCUCCGCGAUGCCCUGCUCGAAGCGUACAAGUUUCUUGUUGUUGACGGCCACGCUGCGUCCAUCCCCGAGACACGGCAGCGGUACGCCGCGCUGGUGGAUGUUGUUCCCGAGCUGUCUCUCCCUGCACUCCCAACAGACACCACCACCGCCUCCAGUGAUGGUGAUGAUGACGGGAAGACGACAGAAGGAAGUGUGGGCGCAUCUGCUGGCCAGACACCUGCAGAGGGAACGGCGGCGGCGACGGAGGGCGAUGCAAUGGAUACCACGUCACCCGGCAGUGGCGGGAGCAGAGACGAUGCAGCAGAGGAUGUUCAGGCUGCUUCGUCCAAGCCGCAGGGUGAGGAGGAUCAACAGCAGCACCCACGGUCACCAGCGGACAAGGAAGAGAGGAAGAGUGUGGAGCAGAAGGAUGAUGCUGUGAAGGGACAGAAGGGCGCUGGGAACGAGGAUGGUGAGGCGAAAGACAAGCAAGAUGCAGGUGGCGAGGAAGACACAAAGGAGAAGCAGAAGGAAGGCACAAAGAAAGACGAUGACGCGAAGGAGACACUAACUGGUACGGGUGAUGACACAGCACAGAUGGACACCGCUGAGGAUGCGGCAAACUAGCCGAUGCGCUCUUCCCUUCACGUUUGUUCUGCGCCAACAAGUUGGCUUGCUCACAUGACUUGUGUCGUGUUGGAAUGGGCUGUGUGAGUCCAUUUGCUCGUGGCACUCACAAUGAUGAUGGGUGGUGAUGAUGAUAUAUUCGAAGCACUUUGGUUUGAGGCAUUUCACAAAUAAAGAGAACACUCCUG